UUUAUUUCUCCAGGAGCUGUCAAGUCAUGUUUUGCAUUUUUUAAACCAGUUAACUGUCGGAAAUAUUUUUAAUUAUUUGACAAGAAGUGAACAUUUUAUUUUAAUAGACGCGCAAAUAUUGAAAUUUCAUAUGGACAAGAAGAAAGAAGAAGAGGAAAGGGAGAGCGAUGAAGAACCACAAGCAACUUCAUCUGCGGAAGAGCCAGAAGUAGACGAAAUGGAUAAAAUACGGAAAUUCCUUUCUCAAAAACUGAAAAUUUUUGACUCGACUGAGCAGUCCGAGGAUGAGCAACCUCCAGCCGAAAAAGUUCUUUCCGAUUUGAGCUUGGACGGAAUUGCCGAGUACAUUAAAAGUGGAAAAUGUAAAAAUAUUAUCGUUAUGGCUGGUGCUGGAAUAUCAACUUCUGCAGGAAUUCCAGAUUUUCGUUCGCCGUCGAGCGGACUUUACAACAAUUUGCAAAAGUACAAUUUGCCACAUCCGCAGGCAAUUUUCGAAAUAGACUUUUUCCGGGAAAAUCCGGAGCCCUUUUUCGUCCUCGCAAAAGAAUUGUUGCCCGAGGGAUUCAAGCCAACUGUGAGUCAUUAUUUCAUUCGAUUGUUGUGGGAAAAAGGACUUUUGUUGCGUCAUUAUACACAAAAUGUCGACACUUUGGAAAGGGUAGCAGGACUACCUCAAGACAAAUUGGUCGAGGCUCAUGGGACUUUCUACACUGGACGCUGUCUAGAAUGCAGAGCGCCCCAUCAAUUUCUCUGGAUGAAAGAGAAAAUACAAGAAGGAACAAUUCCAAAAUGCGUGGAGUGCGAAGAGGGAGUCGUGAAGCCUGAUAUUGUUUUCUUUGGAGAACAACUUCCUGAUCGAUUCCACCGUCUGAUCGCUCGAGAUUUUCCAGAAGCGGAUCUCCUAAUAAUCAUGGGAUCGAGUUUGGUUGUCCAGCCAUUUGCAUCCCUUGUGGAAAGAGUAAAGUCCAGUUGUCCUCGGCUUUUAAUAAACAAAGAAAAAGUGGGAACGGCAGACAGACUGAUGAGAUUUCUCGGCAUGAAGAAAGGCCUUGAUUUCGAUUCUAAGGAUUCUGGACGCGACAUCGCCUGGUUGGGAGAUUGCGAUCUUGGAUGUCAGGAAUUCGCCGAAAAAUUAGGCUGGGGUGACGAAUUGAAGGCUCUUGUAGAACUGGAACAUAAACGUCUAGAGACUGAAGGAAAUACAAAUAAAUUGUAGUAAAAAAUAACGUAUUUUAAUAUUUGUAAAUAAUUUCCAGGGUAGGUCUAAUUAUGUGUAUUCUAUAUAAUAUAUCAAAAAUAUUAAGGUGGGAUAAUAAAUUAUUGAAAAUUCUG